CUUUCUUUGACCUCUGGGGCAUUGGCUAAAGCUCCCUCUAGAAAGAAGAAUCUUUCUUUUCCUUGUUGAAUACCCUCUAAAGCAAAACAAUUUUCUCAAGUUUUUAGACUUCUAAAACCAUGGAGCAAUCAAACCCAAGGCCUCAUAGAGUAUUACUAUCCGCGCCUGCCCAUCUCAUGCCCGUUAUUGAGCUUGGCAAACGCUUUGUCACUUGCCAGGACGUUAAAGUUACCAUUUUUGUUGCUUCUUUUGUCGAAAUAGCUGCAGCGGAAUCGCGGAUGGUCCCGGGUACGCAUAGUACUAAUCUCUUUGAUGUCAUUCACCUCCCACCUGCCGACAUUUCCAACCUUGUUGACCCUAGCGAUAAGGGACUUGUAUCACUUUCAGCGACAGUGCGUGUAGUCAAGCCAGCUUUUCGGGCUGCUAUAUCGGCUUUGGAGACUCCAGUAACUGCUCUCAUUGUUCACGUCUUUGCAAUAGAUUGUUUAGGAAUUGCGGAUCAGCUUAAGAUUCCAAAAUAUGUUUUUGUCUCAACAAAUGCAUGGUUUCUUGCUCUGCUCAUAUACACUCCGAUCCUGGAAAAGGAAGUGGAAGGAGAGUAUGUUGAUAUGAAGGAACCAUUUGUUAUUCCAGGUUGCUCGUCAAUUCGAGCUGAAGAGUUGCCAGAUCCGAUGUUCUUCAGAACAAAAGCAAAUUAUCAUGAAUUUCUGAAAUUUGGCGUCGAGAUUCCACAGGCUGAUGGGAUUUUGGUGAACACAUGGGAAGAACUGCAGCCUAAAACACUAGCUUCUUUGAGAGAUGGUAACCUCUUGGGUAGUGUUGCUAAGGCACAAAUAUUCCCAAUCGGCCCGAACAACUCCGAGGGCUCACCAGCACUUAAAAACGAGUUAUUUGACUGGCUGGACAAGCAAUCUACUGACUCUGUACUUUACAUAUCUUUUCGAAGUAUGGGAGGGCUCUCACUUGAGCAAAUGACGGAAUUAGCUUGGGGUUUAGAGUUGAGCUAGCAAAGAUUCAUCUGGGUAGUGCGACCACCUACACAAAAAUCAGGAAGCGGCGCCGGCCCCAAGUUUGGGAACACUAGUGAUGAUAUUUCAAGUUACUUGCCAGAAGGGUUCAUUUCCAGGACCCGAGAACGGGGAGUGAUUGUUCCACAAUGGGCUCCGCAAGUGGAAAUCUUGAGCCAUCCAUCGUGUGGAGGGAUUUUCACACAUUGUGGUUGGAAUUCAGCUAUAGAAUGCAUUACCAAUGGAUUGCCAAUGAUCGCUUGGCCACUGUACUCUGAGCCGAGAAUGAAUGCUACAUUGCUGACACAGGAGAUUGGCGUAGCUGUUCGAUCAGAAACAAUACCAUCCAAGGGUGUUGUGAGGAGGGACGAGAUAGAGAAGAUGGUGAGAAAAAUUUUUGUGGACGAUGCUGGGCGUCAAAUGAGGGCCAGAGUCAGGGAUCUGAAACUUAGUGCACAGAAAGUUUGGAGCAAUGGUGGUUCUUCGUAUAAUGCAUUAGUUGAAAUGGUCAAACAUUGCCAGAAAAGCCUAUAGAGACGUUUGUUAGUGUUAGACCUCUUUGGUGAUUUAUGUAAUAAAUAAUUUCAAUUGCCUUCAUGCUUUUAGUCACUUUAUGUUAUCAAUAAAAUUAUCAAUAAAAUAA